CUCGCUGGGUUGUCAUUGUAAGCCGCGGGGAGGACGUGUGAUCGGCUCUAUAGUAAGAAGAAGGAGGAGGAUGGCAGGAAAAGAGCCGCUGCUGGGCACGCUGAAAGCGUGUGUCCUUGAACUGCAGACAGCCGGUUCUGAUCCUAUCAAUGAUGAUUCCCCAUGUCUGACUUCACUGUGCGAUGUCAUUGAGAUGAUCCUGCGUAAAGGAAUUAAGAGUGGGGUUUUAGGAAUAAAGAGAAGAGAUUACUGGCACUGGAUAGAGGAUCUUCCUCAGCAUGAUACCUGUGGCAGAGUAUCACACCUGUCCGUCAUGAUACAGAACACUGUUUCCUGCACGAAGGUUCGAACUGCACAGGGAAAAGGAAGGUUCUUUUUGCGACUAGCACUCAACAGGAAGGCCAUUGCAGCUGCGGCCCAGCACUUGCAGCACACGCAGAGACUGCUGGAGUGGUAUGACCCGCUGUUCUCUGUGCUUGGAAAUGAGGAACAUUUAGAACCCUUCCUGUCUUUGCUCCUGGUUGUGUCUCAAAGCAAUUUUGCUCUAGAUCUUCUGAAUUCAAGCUUCCUUGAUGAGAGCUGGCUUCUACCGGUGUGUGCUAUUUAUCAGACUGUGCCAUGUCGAGAGCUGGGGAUGGUAUUAAGGUACGUGGAGGGUCGGGUGUUCGUGGUAGAAAUACUGCCAGACAGCCAGACUGAAGUAGAUGAAAUCGUUCUUGCAGGAGACCUUAUUGAUGAAAUUAAUGGAGUAUCACUACGCCAUGCAUAUAACGGACAGGCUGGCACAGAACUAGGUAAAUUGAAGGGGGAGCCUCUAGUGUUCCGGAUAAUCCGCUGGCGCUGGAAAGAUGGGGAAGUGUUCCGUCCCCUAAUGCCUUACCUAAGAGGUGUUCAGGAGCGGGUCCCAAACUUUCAACUCCAGCAGACGCCCAGAAACCAGGAGAGCGACCAAGAUCGUCCGCAGCAGGAUGGCAGACUUCUGUAUUUUGUCAAGUAUCUAGGACAAGCUACUGUUGGAAUGUUUGGAGGUAAAGAAGUCCUGGAUGUUGGAAUCACGAAGGUGCAAAAACAGAACUUUGUACCAAGGGAUGUUUUAUUGGACAUUAAGGAAACGGAGUUAGCAGUAAAGGACAAGGCGACAUCGAAGGUCCUGUUUCACUAUCUAUACCCAGAGAUUUCCAGUGUGGGACGCAGAGUGGAUAACAAAAAAGUGUUUGCAUUAUGUGCUGUGGAAAAAGAAGGUGCCGUUGAUAUGAACUCUUUUAACUGUUUUGUGUUUGAGACACCUACCCAAAUAGAGUGUGAAGAGGUCAUUAAGCGAAUUGCUGCAGGAUUCAAGCAUACAGAAUGGUUUGUGUGAUUUGAACCAACACUA